AGUGAGCUACCUCUUAUGAAAUAAAGAAAUGGAUGCAAUGGAUGAGACCUCUAAAAGAAUCCUUUUAGAGCCAUACCAGUAUUUACUUCAACUACCAGGUAAGCAAGUGAGAACCAAAUUGUCACAGGCCUUUAAUCACUGGCUGAAUGUUCCAGAAGAUAAAAUACAGGUUAUCAUUGAAGUGACAGAGAUGUUGCACAAUGCAAGCCUACUUGUGGAUGAUAUUGAAGAUAACUCAAAGCUCCGACGAGGCUUUCCAGUGGCACACAGUAUCUAUGGGAUUCCAUCAGUAAUCAACUGUGCUAAUUAUGUGUAUUUCCUUGGCUUAGAGAAGGUUUUAACCCUUGAUCACCCAGAUGCUGUUAAAGUUUUUACUCGUCAGCUACUGGAACUCCAUCAAGGUCAAGGCCUGGAUAUUUACUGGAGAGAUACUUACACAUGUCCUACAGAAGACGAAUAUAAAUCUAUGGUGCUGCAAAAGACAGGUGGUCUGUUUGGAUUAGCUGUAGGCCUCAUGCAGCUAUUUUCAGACUACAAAAAAGACUUAAAACCACUACUUAACACACUUGGUCUAUUCUUCCAAAUAAGGGAUGACUAUGCCAACUUGCACUCCAAAGAAUAUAGUGAAAACAAGAGUUUUUGUGAAGACUUAACUGAGGGCAAGUUCUCAUUCCCAACUAUUCAUGCAAUUUGGUCAAGACCUGAAAGUACUCAGGUGCAAAACAUUUUACGUCAAAGGACAGAGAACGUAGACAUAAAAAAAUACUGUGUACAUUAUCUUGAAAAUGUGGGUUCAUUUGAGUACACUCGGAAUACACUGAAAGAGCUUGAAUCUGAAGCCUACAAACAAAUUGAAUCACUUGGGGGAAAUCCUGAGCUUGUAGCACUAGUUGAAUACUUGAGCAGAAUGUUCAAAGAAGAUGAAAACUAGCAUUUAUUUAACUCCUGGAGACAGAU